AUGGAGCUGCUGAGUGUGCUGCUGGCGCUGGCUGGGAUGGACGCAGCUGCUGGCCUGGCCCUGUUGCCCUACGUGCCCCGCUUGGCCCCUGACGCCAUGCCAGGGAAGGUGACGGCCACCACCUUUGUGCUGGAGAGACCCUGCUGCAUCUUUGACCCCCUUGCCAAUGCCUCCGAUGCCGUCUGGCUGGCAGUGGCUUUCGCUGAUGCCUCCACCGCCUUCAAAAACCCCACAUCCAGAGCUGAGGUGCCCCCAUAUGAGGGGCUGCCCACCGCCCGUGCCUACAUGACACUGGAGAUGGCAGCGGCCGCCUAUGGAUGCUCAGCUCCCGGUGCAGCCGUGCUGCGGGUCGGCGGGGACACGGCGUGCCAUGGUCGGGCACCAUGCAAUGGGCCACUGCCCUCCCCGGGGCCCUACAGGGUGAAGUUCCUGCUGAUGGGCUGCAGCGGCCCCAAAGCGGAGACGAAGUGGUCCGACCCCAUCCUCCUGCGGAGAGCUCGCAGCCUGAGCACCAUUGACCCCACACCAGCACGUCGCAGCAGCACUGCGGUCAUCAUCGCCGCCAUCCUGGCCAGCCUGGGUGCCGCGCUGGCUGUGGCCAUGCUGGGAGCUGUGGGCACCCAGGUGUGUGUCCCCCUGUGCCACCGGGACCUGGGCGCCCACCUGCCCUACAGGACCCACCAUGUCCCUCCAGCCCUGCCCCACACGCUGCCCCCCGCCUGCAUCUGUGGCUGCACGCCGCGGCCCCAUGGCCCAUGGCCCACCAAGUAA